AUGACCUUAUGGGCAGGGCUUGCCAGCGACUACUACGAUGUCCUCGAGCUCAGUAAACGCUCUGCGGCGAAGCUUGUUGCGGGGAUCAAAGAUACAGACGCUCUGAUAACGGAGCUCGACUCGUUAAUCGUGAGCAUGGCGCAACAGGACUUCAACCGUCGUAGCGCACUCGAAGACCUGAUCACUCGUGCCGAGUCUCUUAACACGGAACAGCAGCGGAUUGUCGAAGCGCGACACACAGCUGUUACUCGUGAGGUGGAAGAGGCCGAGAUCAACGUGAAUGCCUACCAGAGGCAAUUGCAAGGGCUACAAGAUCGGCACAUAGCUAGCAGCCUGUGUAUAAUCAACACGGCCGAAGCUGAGAUCAGGUCCUAUAUAUCAGAUAUCCUUCAAAGCUUGCCCAGAGACCCCGCCGAGGGCUGGGGAAAUCCCCACGAGCAGGGUGGACCCGGAGAAAACGCACAUACAAGGCGGGGGACAUUGGACGCAGAACAAGUCUCUGCGAUUACGGACGAACGGCGGAUACUUGAAGAAGAAAUUUGGCAGUUGGAGAAUGCGUUAGCUGACGCGCAGAUCCAGCAUGCGGGGGCGCAGACGUGUCUGCAGGUUUUCCAGAGCGCAGGCUGGGAAUCGACGCGCAAUGCUAUGUGUAUGGUCGUCGUGUACCUGAAGACAUAUGCAGAGCACAUAGGUGUCUUUGCUGAGCUCCAGAAACAGCUUUGGCAUGAGGUCGACAUAUACAAACACGCGCUCGAAGGCGUCAAGAUGUUCUCGACGUCGGUUCGCCGGAAUGCCCUGCAGGAAAUGCAACAGCGCGUAUCCUCGACCGCAUGUGCUUGGGAAGGCGCAGCGGCACUGAUCAUGAACGAGUACGUGAAGUGA